AUGCGCCCUGGCCAACUCUUUAAAUACCCCCAAGUCAUCUGGCACAACAAAAACAUUCCGCUGUCAGCUCCCGAUGUCCGCCGCGGCGAACCGACACGGCGCUUACUCGUUAGUGCACGUUAAACCGGAGCCGCCGUUUGUGAAUAACGAACAAUUUAGGUGGUAGGAAGGAGCGUGCAGGUCGCAGCUCGGGGGAGAAAAACAAAGAUGGUGGUCAUAGUGUAGCCACAGAGACGAGUUUCAACACAACAUCCGCCACCGGAUACAUACAAGAGACGGACAGCCGAGCCGAGCAGAACCGAGCAGAACCGGGCCGCCGGUCAACUCCAGGCACGGAGCGAGAAGCAAACAGCUGAGAAUUGUUUUUGUUCCUACUAGCUAGCCUGCUAAGCUUGUAAGUCCGCCAAACUGCUUGUUUUUCCAACAUAAACCGACGCAUCCUAACGCGUUCACUAAAGCGACUGCAAGUUAACCCUAAUCGUCAUUAAUAACAUUAUAAAUAAUAACACGGCUGUUAGCCCGCUAUUGCUAGCCAGCUAGCUGUCAGGUGACAGUUAGCUAGCUAGCUAGCCCCCAAGCUAACCCCGAAUAUUCCGGAAAGUUCUAGAAGACCGCCGCCAUGGACGACGGGGACGUAGGCGUCGCGCCCGGCUCCUCCUCUUCCUCGGCCGGCCUGAACAUCGGGGCCGGGGGGGCGGCGGCGGAGGCGGCGGCCGAGGCCAUGCAGGAGGAGGUCGGGACGCGGCGGCAGGCGCAGGCGGAGGGGCCCGGCGACGCCGACGCGCAAGAGCCGCCCAAGAAGAGGAGCAAAGUGCCCGAGGGGGAGUCCGGCAAGCUGGAGGAGAGACUGUACUCUGUGCUCUGCUGCACCGUGUGCCUAGACUUACCCAAGGCCUCCGUGUACCAGUGUACCAACGGCCACCUGAUGUGCGCGGGAUGCUUCAUCCACCUGCUGGCCGACUCUCGCCUGAAGGAGGAGCAGGCCACGUGUCCCAACUGCAGGUGCGAGAUCAGCAAGAACCUUUGCUGCAGGAACCUGGCGGUGGAGAAGGCGGUGAGCGAGCUGCCCACGGACUGCACCUUCUGCCUUAAACAGUUCCCUCGCUCCAGCCUGGAGAGACACAAGAAAGAGGAGUGCCAGGACAGGGUGACGCAGUGCAAGUACAAGAGGAUCGGCUGCCCCUGGAAGGGACCCUUCCACGAGCUGCCGGCGCACGAGGACGAGUGCUCCCACCCCACCAAGACGGGCACGGAGCUGAUGGGCAUCCUGGGCGAGAUGGACCAGAGCCACCGCCGCGACAUGCAGCUCUACAACGGCAUCUUCAGUCUGCUCUGCUACGAGAAGAUCGGCUUCACGGAGGUGCAGUUCAGGCCGUACCGCACCGACGACUUCAUCACCCGCCUGUACUACGAGACGCCGCGCUUCACCGUGCUCAACCAGACCUGGGUCCUCAAGGCACGCGUCAACGACUCGGAGCGCAACCCCAACCUGUCCUGCAAGCGCACGCUCUCCUUCCAGCUCAUCCUCAAGAGCAAGGUGAACUCUGCGCUGGAGUGCUCCUUCCUGCUGCUGAAGGGGCCGUACGACGACGUGCGCAUCAAGCCCGUCAUCCACCACUACGCGUUCACCAACGACGCCAACGAGACGGAGUACGUGCUGCUGCCCAUCACCGACUCUGUGGAGUGCAACAAACUGCUGGCCGCCAAAAACAUCAACCUGCGCCUCUUCAUCUUCCAAGUCCAAAAGUAAAAAAAAAAAAAAAAAGGAAACCCUUCAGAGUAAAAGCCCAAAGGCGAGGAGGAGGGAUCGGAAGGAAAAGUGUGAUGGAGAUGAAAGAGAACCACUGAUACCUCUUAACACACACACACACACUCACCUACAAGAGUGACACCCCACAAUGUGAGUUGCUAUGGCGAUGGGCAGGCGGGCGUUGACAUAUUUUGGGGUUAAUGAUUAUGAUGUCAGACACCUUCCUGAAACACACACACACACACCUACUGUACAGCCACAAGUAGCACACACACACACACACACACACCAUAGUGAUGCCCAAAUGUGAAACUGUCUGAUUGUGCUCAGCUGUGACAACUGAUUGGAUGGUGUGCAUGUGUUGUGUAGUCUCCGCCCCUUUUUGUCUGGCCACGCCCACCCAAUACCCCCACUUUAUUUUAACCACUUUCUUUUUUAUUUAACCCUGAUGUUGUUUUUAUUUAACUGUGUUUUCUUGUAUUUAACCAUGAUGUUAUAUUGUUUAUUUUAUUUAACCAUGAUGUUUUAUUUUCAAACAAACGUAAUUUGAAAAAAAAAAAAUUUUUAACCAUUGAGGAGGCCCUGUGUCCCUUUCAAAAGGCACAUAAUUAAUAAUUAUAGGGGCGGUACAGCUCGGUUGGUAGAGUGGCCGUGCCAGCAACUUGAGGGUUCCAGGUUCGAUCCCCGCUUGCGCCAUCCUAGUCACUGCCGUUGUGUCCUUGGGCAAGACACUUUACCCACCCAGUGCCACCCACACUGGUUUAAAUGUAAGGUAUUUUUCGGAGUAUAAGUCGCUCCGGCCGAAAAUGCAUAAUAAAGAAGGAAGAAAACAUAUAUAAGUCGCACUGGAGUAUAAGUCGCAUUUUUGGGGGAAAUGUAUUUGAUAAAAGCCAACACCAAGAAUAGACAUUUGAAAGGCAAUUUAAAAUAAAUAAAGAAUAGUGAACAACAGGCUGAAUAAGUGUACGUUAUAUGAGGCAUAAAUAACCAACUGAGAAGGUGCCUGGUAUGUUAACGUAACAUAUUAUGGUAAGAGUCAUUCAAAUAACUAUAACAUAUAGAACAUGCUAUACGUUUACCAAACAAUCUGUCACUCCUAAUUGCUAAAUCCCAUGAAAUCUCAGAGUCUCUUACGUGAAUGAGCUAAAUAAUAUUAUUUGAUAUUUUACGGUAAUGUGUUCAUAAUUUCACACAUAAGUCGCUCCCGAGUAUAAGUCGGCCAAACUAUGAAAAAAAACUGCGACUUAUAGUCCGAAAAAUACGGUAACUUAGAUAAUUGGGUUACACUAUGUAAAAGCGCUUUGAGUCACUAAAGAAAAGCGCUAUAUAAAUAUAAUUCACUUCACAAUUAUACAUCUUUUACAUUGAAAAUGAUCAAACAGUUGCGUGUCGCCAUCUUUUUAAGAAAUGAUUUAGUGCAUUUUGGACCUUUUUUCCCUGGCGAAAGUGUUUUUUUUUUUUAAUCAAUCAAAGCUUCUUGAUUAUUUGAUUUGAUUGUUAAAAGUACACCUCUGCAUAACAUUGUAUCCUUAUUUACGUUAAAAGAAAAAUAGAUCCAUUUACAACAAAGAAUAACUUUAUUUACACGAUAUUUUAGUCCGUAACAGAAAAGCUUGCCUGACAAAAAACAACCUAUUUAAUCUGUAAACAUCUUUUGACGGAACCAUUUGAUACUAAAAAAUAAAAUUCAAUAAAUAGUACAUUGAAUUGUAUUCUCAAUAUUAACUCAGGAGCGUAAUUAUAUAUAUAUAUAUGUAUAUGUAUAUAAAAAAUAAGCGCACUAGAGUAAGAGUUUGUGUGUGUGUGUGUGAGAGGUGGGGUGGGUGUGGCCUAUACCUGAGCGAUGUUGGACUUACUUGAAGGGGAAGAAGUUACAUGAAGAGAUUCUACUGUAAAGCGCGAAGACGACGUCUCUCCUCCUGACCUCUGCUGUAUUUUUUUGGCUGUUUUCAAAAAAGAAGAAAAGAAGAAAAAAAGCUUUCGUCUGCCGGUGGACUCGCUCAUCUCACUAUGGCUGUACAUGUGCCUUUUACUAUUAAUAUUAAAAAUCAUCAACCAUGGAGUGUGUGUGUGUGUGUGUGAGUCAAAACAGGACAGAAAGACAACGCUUCAAUUAUUCAUCCGGCAGCACAUUUGUGGAAUUUAAAUUUCAUUUUGAAGCUGGAAAGGAUGAUGGAUGCUUUUCAUUGGCUUUCAUUUUGCCAGAUGUGAAUCAGUCCCACUUGCAAAAUGAAUGGUCACACACACACACACACACACACACACACACACACACACACACACACACACACACACACACACACACACACACUUUGGCGUGGUUAUUACUUGGGUUGAGACGGGGGGCACUGAAGUCAUCUUUGGAUGUUGAUGUGUUUUCUUUUAAACGGCACAGGUGCGAUAUUAAUAUUAAUGGUAAUAUAUAGCUGACUUGAUGUGUCCAAAGUGCGGCCCGCAGCAAAUUUCUACAAAUACUGUUACAAAAAAAAGUGAAAUGUAACAAGAAGAAGUUACCCAGCAAGCAGUUUUUUAUUUUAAAACUGUCACUGUUUAACAGAUAAUAAAAACGUACAAUCGACGGAUAGACCUGAAGUUGAUCGAGACAUUGAAAGUAAAAAUAGUAUAUAUUGAUAUUUGACUUAUUUUUUAACACAUUUUAUGAGUGGGGGUCUUUUAGCGUGAUUUUUUUCUCAUGUCUUAUUCAGAUUUAAAAAUUGUCAUUGCUCAAAAGAUAACAAUGAAUCAAAAUUUAAAAAAAAUUGAAUUUUUUUACCUAUUCAAAGCUCGAGUUACUUAACAUCAAAUAUUAAAAAGCAUUUUUGGGGGGAAAUAUUGCAUAUUCAGUGUUUUUUGCCAUAAAAAACAGGGUUUUCUUUGAAAAGUGUGUAAAACAUUUUUAAAAAUGUGUAAAACAAAACCAAAUGUAACUUUAUGUCAAUGGGUAGAUCUGAAGUUGAUUUAAAGAUUUAAGUGUUGAAAGUAAAAAAGAAUAUAUGUUUAUAUACGGCGUAUUUUUUGACACUUUUCUGAGUGGGGCUCUUGGAUUUUGUGACUUUUUUCCCAC